UUUACUAAACAUGGGGAAGGUGAGACCCAUCAACCUCCAAAUUGAAACGAAGAUAGUAAAUGAUCUAAAUGUGGCAAAAAACUCCCACCCAUUACUGCAUUCGAGACAAUGGUCAUGCAAGCUUGCCGUUUCCAGGAUUUUUUCCAUUCUGGGCAAACGUUUUUUCGCCCAUCUUCCUUUCCUCUAUAUUUGGUAUCCCCUUUUACUUCUUUAUUGCCAGAAGAACUCAAGUAGAGAGAGAGAGAAAGAGAGAGAGAGAGAGAUUUUGAUAUCUCUAUCAGUUGAGUUGGGCUUGUUGGUGGAUGGUGAGAAGGAGACGAGUGAUAGACGGAAAUGGGUAGAGGGAAGAUUGAGAUCAAGAGAAUCGAGAACGCCACUAGCAGGCAGGUCACCUUCUCCAAGCGUCGUGCGGGUUUGCUAAAGAAGGCACAGGAAUUGUCGGUUUUAUGUGAUGCAGAGGUUGCCGUUAUCAUUUUCUCCAGUACGGGGAAGCUUUUUGAAUUCUCUAGUUCUGGCAUGAAGCGGACACUGUCGAGAUACAACAAGUGCCUAGAUCGUUCUGAAACUUCUAUGGUUCAAUAUGAGGCAGAGAGGCAACAAUCUAAGGAGGUGAACAUUCUGAAAGAUGAAAUUGCAAAGCUACGAAUGACACACUUGCGGAUGAUGGGCAAGGAACUGAAGGGCUUGAGCUUAAAAGAUUUGCAGCACUUGGAGCAUCAAUUAAGUGAAGGGGUAUUAGCUGUGAAGGAUAGAAAGGAGCAAUUACUGUUGGAACAGCUUGAAAAAUCGAGGUUACAGGAGCAACGGGUCAUGGUAGAGAAUGAGACGUUACGCAAGCAGGUUGAGGAGCUUAAAAGUCUGGCUCCGUCAACUGAGCAUCCAAUGCCAUCUUUUCUUGAAUUCCAGCCUCUAGAAAGGAAAUAUGCUCUUGUUAAGCCUGAUGUUUUAAGUUCAAAUGUGGUUUGUAAUUGUGCAGUUGAGAAGCAAGGAGAUUCAGACACUUCCUUGCACUUGGGGCUGUCAACCGAUGUUUUUUGCAAGAGGAAAGCACCUGAAAUAGCAUCCUUCUCCAAUGAUUCUGGGGCCGAAAUGGAUCCAUCCUGAUACUUUUUUGAAGCGUCUUAUCUUGACUAGCAAUGAGUAGCACCACUCGAUACCUUGAGUCAUCCUCUUUUACAGGCUAAAAAGGAUAGAAUUGUAACAGUGAACAUAGCAAAUGUGACAGUUCUCAUUUACUCAUAGUUUUCCUCAAACAGGUUUAUGCUUUUUGGAUGGCUUGUGAAUCUUCUAAAGAGUUUUAGGUACUCUUGUUUUUCAGGGAGGGAAGAUCUGGAAUUUUGUAAGAUGGGCAUGACAUAUAAGUGUUAUGUGACUUGACCUAUUUUGGAGUAAUGAAGCCAUUUCCUUAUUAGG